CAUUUUUCUAACUAACAACUGAAUAAACAUUUACUUUGCAUCAUGCCACUAUUAUCCUCAGACGAAGCAGAUAAAAGCUUUAUGAGCAUGCUAACAAACCCCAUCAUCAAUCCCGGGCCUCAACAACAACAGCAACUACAACAACCCACAAAAACAAAUCAAAUGUCCUCAACCGGCCCAGAAGCACUGUCAAAAAGCAGUGAUGAAAGCGGCCACUAUUCCAAAUUAGUACGGCAUUCGAAAGAAUUGUUGACUCAAUCUGCCAAAGACAAAUACCUUACUUCAGAAUCAGACGAACCGUUUGAAUGGAUCUAUGCGACACCUAUUGAUGACAACAUGAAAUCAUUGCCUACUUCUGAGGAAGAAUUGAUGGAAAUGGGUUUGAUCAAUAUGAGUACCAAGGAACACGGUUUCAAGACAAAGACCCUCGAUGACUUUUUCCAGCAUAAUAAAGAGGAUUACAAAGAAAUUAUAGAAGCGUUUAAUGAGCUUAAAAAUCAAUAUGAUGCAGAAGAGACAAAGGUGUAUUUGAUCGGCGAGAUGUCUAUUCAAGUGUUGAUAUUGUCACUUAUAAAAGAUCAAGAGACAUCGAAAAAGGCCAUUGUAGGCUUGAAGAGUUUACUGGUACAGACAUAGAAUUAAAUCUACUUUGUAUAAUAUGAUCAAUAAAAUAAUAGCAGCGUGUUCGUUUGUUCGAAACACUGUCUUUAAUGAUCGCUUAAGUUUUGUCGUGUAACGAAAACCCCUUUUCCUGAUCUGUAG